CUUGCUACAGUUCCCGCAGAGUAAAAAACACAUUGGAACUAAAGGGGAGAGCUAUCCAUUUACAGCUGCUGCCAGACAUUCGAUCGUGUUCGCAUGGCGAGGGGGUAACCUGAUCGGCUGAAGGCUUGCCGAAACCAGGGAGGAGUGACUUACAAGGAAGGCUUGAAAAAUGUCUUCUUCUUCAGGAGAAGUCACAAUUUCAAAUAACAUCAAGAAGGAAAAUGUGAAGACGGACAGGCGAGAUUGCAUCAAGCUUCUAGCGCUGGAAACCGCGGAGUUGUCUAUGGAGCGCGCAACUUCGAACACUGAUGCAGUCCACAGUGAACUUCUGGUGAGCGCGGCUUCCUCGCUGGCAUUCUCCCCGGAGCAAGUGGCGUGUGUCUGCGAGGCUUUGCAGCAGGGAGGCAAUGUGGACCGGCUGGCCAGGUUUUUAUGGUCCUUACCACAGAGUGACCUGCUACGUGGCAACGAAAGCAUCCUGAAAGCCCAAGCUCUUGUCGCUUUUCAUCAAGCUCGGUACCAGGAGCUCUACAGUGUUUUGGAGAACCACAACUUCAGUCCAUUCAAUCACUCCUCGCUGCAAGACCUCUGGUAUAAGGCACGGUACACCGAGGCAGAGAAAGCGCGGGGGAGACCCCUGGGCGCCGUGGAUAAAUAUCGCCUGCGGAGAAAGUACCCACUACCCCGGACUAUCUGGGACGGGGAAGAGACAGUAUACUGCUUCAAAGAGAGGUCCCGCAACGCGCUGAAGGAUCUCUACAAGCAGAAUAGAUAUCCCUCUCCAGCCGAGAAAAGAAACCUCGCUAAAAUCACGGGACUCUCCUUGACGCAGGUCAGCAACUGGUUCAAAAACAGGAGACAGAGGGACAGAAACCCGUCCGAAGCACAAUCAAAAAGUGAAUCUGAUGGCAACCACAGCACAGAGGAUGAGUCUAGUAAAGGGCAGGGGGAGCUCUCUCCACGCCCCCUCUCCAAUUCAUCUGACGGGACGAUGACCCAUGGGGUCCUCCCCCUGCAGACAGGGUCUCUGGACAGUGGUGUAAUCAUCCAACAGAUUGGAGACAUCAAGAUACCCCCUGGAUCCAGCAGCGAGGUGCUCUUCAACGGAAACCUAGUGACAAGUAACCCCUCCACUGUCUUCCAUAACGGUGGCUCGUCUUACCUCCAGGCCCCCAGCAACAUCCUGUUCAAUGGGCUCAACAUGGGCAUCCAGCCCUUGGCCUUCAACUCCCUGCGGCCCUCUGGGGGGGUCUUGAUGGGGGGCUCUGGUGUGGACAUGCAGAUGCAGGCAGGCCAGGAGAAGGGGCUGGGCGGCUCCAGUGUGGACUACGCCUCCUAUUCUGGCUGUGUAAACGGAGCAGAGGUGAAGCUGGAGGGGGUUUACAGCAUGGCAGCUCAAAACGGCGGCUCGUCUGUCCUCACGUUCAGCUCGUCUUCAGGGGCACUCCAGCUGGGCAGUUACAGUCUGGUCCACGUGCCCAGCGGCGUAUCCAACGGCGAAGGGACGUCACUGCUCAACAGCAACUUGGGUCUUCCUCCUCUGCAGCUCCCCUCUGACUCCUCAUCACUCUCACAAGGUACAAUCCAAAUGAACAAUGUAGCAGUCAGUUCUUCUAGUGAGGACUCCUACCACCACCAGCACCAUCAGGACAAACUGGCCAUGGCCCCCAUGCACCCCAGCACGGUGCUCUACAGCAUGGGCAACGCUGGACAGACCUCUAUCAAGAAGGAGCCCCUGGAGGGUGGUGGGGGUGCAGGGGUGUACUCCUACCACCAUGGCCUUCACCUGGACCCCAGUGGGCAGCUCAGCUACUCCUCAGACCCACUAACCUCAGAGGAGGUCCCCUCCAGCCGGGGCUCCUCCUCUGACGUUACCACCGUCAGCUCCUCCAGUCCAGAGCCUGAGGUCUACACCAGCCUCACCGUCAGCACCCCUCUGAUGGCCCAAACAGACCCUAACGGACACCAACUCCAGCCUGGGGAGUACCUCAGGGGCCACAACCCACAACCUGUCCCCUCCUCACACCUUCUGGGCCCUGGCAUGAACAACAACUACAUGUCUGUGUCGGAGAGUAAGGUGGACGCUAGUGGCGGUGAGGUGAAUGAGAUGGUGCGGGUCAUGUGUGGGGAAAUGGAGCCGGGGGAGGAGAAGGAGCUGGCCAAAUUACAGACAGUGCAGAUGGACGAGGACAUGGUUGACGUUUAACCUGUAACCUAUGACCUUUCAUAAGCACUCAUAUCUGCCCAAGCAGUGAUGUGGUGAAUCUUUUUACUCUUUUUUUUUUUUACCAUUAAUUUCCUCUAACUGUUAAAUUAUUUGCUAAUGUUGUGUUCAUUUUACCUUACAAUAAACUCUAUUCAGAUACAAACCCCUUGGAUUGGCACCAUGAAGUCAUCCUAAUUAAAUAUUUUAAAAUCCCCCGAUCUUUCCUCUAUGCCUUGCAGAAAGGCAUGACUAGCUGUUAUUUUCGAAGUCCCUUGCAUGCAUUUGAACCACAUUUUAAGUGUGCAUUUUUUUAAAGACAACACCUGCUACUUCCUGUUGAGUGGACUUGAUCUGCAGAACAGGUGUUGGAAUGGCCCUGGUCAUGUGACCAGGAUGUUCCUCCAAACUAAGUGCAUCAUCUGGGUGAAACCAAAAAGGUAAUUUAGUAGGGGCAGAGGUAGCGUCUCUGUGAAAAGGUUAAUUAAAACCACUAACGCUGCACUGAAAACCACACAUGAAACCACAUACGAAUAACAGGAAACCACUGUGCACAGCAGUUGCGGAUUUAUGCAAUUUAGUCCUUCAAUAAGAAAUUAAUGUACAUUUCUGCCUUGUAAAAUGUCAGACUUCAAAUGGGUGGCAGGUAGCCUCAAGGUUAGAGCGUUGGGCAAAUAACCGAUCCGGUUCGAAUCCUGUGGCUGACAAUGUGAAAAUUCUGUCUAUGUCUUUGAGCAAGGCACUUAACACCAGGGGCGCUGGACAAUGGUGACCCUGGUCGUGACCCCACUCCCUGUGGGUGUCUCUGGGGAGUUGGGAUAUGCAAGAACCACAUUUCCAUUACACACACGUGUAACAGGACAAAUAUAAGACCCCCCCCCCAAUUAUUAUUAUUCACUGACCUCUCCCAAUUUGCACUAUAGCAUCAAAACAUAAGAUUGUAGUUUCAAAGAACAUACUUUGUCCUCUGGGGGAAACAUUAGCAAAUCAAUACUGUGACAUUUGUUAUAAUGUGUAAAACAUAUUUCAAGCUUCAUAUAUUUCAAGCUUCAACCAUUAUUGGAGACAAGGUGGGGGCCUAAAAGGGCUGUUACACAGUCCAGUCUGUGUCUAAAUGAACAUAAUAAUCCUCUAUAUGCUGUUUGGCAACAGUAUGUCCCAUCAUUCAUUUCUAAAUGUCUCCUAAACUGUCUCUGUGAAAAAAUACAUCCAAAAUAUUUUUCUACAAAGUAAGACCGGCGUGCCUGUUCGUGUGUUUGUAUGAGAAACUGGGAGGGGGGUAUUGUGUUUGAUGGAGGAGAACCACAUGCAGUCUGAUGUGUUUUAUAUGGAGAGGGAUUUCUAUUGUGUCCCUUUGCAUGGCAGACUGAGUUAACAAUAUUAGAAUGUCUUACUACUAGUGCCUUUUACUUUUAAUUGUUAUUUCUAAAAACGAUUGACUGUGGCUAACACAUUCUCUACACUUUAUGAUUGAUGUGUAGGUGCAGAGUGUGACACAUGCAAUGCAUUAAUGGGUUUCUGAUAAAACUUAGCUAUUCCACCUUGGGUAAUUUCCUGGUUUUGUCAGAUAGGGGCAUAAGGAAGACAUAUCCUGUUAUAUUAAUGUAGAUAGUAAGUGGACAUCAUCAGUCAACAAAUACAUGUGGAGCACACAGACACACAACACAAAACCAUUAUAUGCCAUGACCAGCAGAUGUCAUUUACACAUAACAGUAAGACAGUAAGACACAGAUCCAUGUACAUAGAGUGGCCAGUACAUUUUUCUUUGUCAGGUUCCAUGACCUAAACCCCCAUUCAUAGUAGUGCUAUGAACAGACUGCAAACUGACAUAAAGAUGACAUUACAGAACAACUUUGUCUACUUGCUCUGAUGUCACAUACCAAAAAUGAGCCAUAGGCAUAUGGUAAAAACAGAUUGUUUUUUAUUUGAUCUUGAACUGUACAUUUGUAAUCUCAAAUGAUCUGGAUGUAUUUUUUUAAAUCUACAUACUUCAUUAAAAGUUUAUAUUUAUAAAAAUAUAAAACUGUUA